CCGUGUUGGUAACUCAAAACGAAGAUUCAAAUGUUUAUACAAUAAAAUAAAAAUAAAGAAACAUAAAGAACUAAAGAUAGUAGCAAUAAUACGAACAAAAAGAAAUACUCGUAGUGACAACAACAGCAAAAAUAACACGUUAAUAAAUUAAAAAAAAAAAUGUUAGCCAAAAUGCUAAAACCUCGAUUAAUUCUAGCAAAGUCUAUAUUAAUUGCGGGCGUGAUUCUAAACACAAGCCUGGCGUUAUCUUAUGAUGACUCUCUGAAGUGCUUUAACCCCAAUGGGCGCAUAGGCAGAUGUAUAUCCGUAUAUGAGUGCACUACCAUCUUGGGAAUAAUUCGCAAUCAAAGAUCUACCGAAAUUGCCUUUGCUCGACAAUCGGAGUGCCCAAAUGGCCGGGGAAGACGACCCUAUGUAUGUUGUACCGUUGACACGGGAUUUGUGCAGAGAACCCAGUUAAAUGGUCAACGCAUUGUAUUUCCACGUGAUGACGACACAUUCACUUACAGUUCAAAGCCACAUCCUUAUACCGAAAGGCCACAAAAUAAUGAUGACUUAUAUCCUAAACCACCGGUAUGUGGCCCCAUAUCGGUGGUGAAUAAGAUUUAUGGCGGUGAGGAAGCAGAAUUGGGAGAAUUUCCUUGGUUGGCCAAUUUGGAGCAUAAAAAGGCAAAUGGUGCUUUGGUCUCUGUGUGUGCUGGCAAUAUAAUCAAUCACCGGUAUGUCUUGACUGCUGGCCAUUGCAUAAAGGGCAAAAUAGAAGAAAAAGUUGGAAAACUUGUUUCCAUACGAAUUGGUGACCACAAUACCCAAACACCAGUGGAUUGCAACAAUCAUGGAUGCAUAGCACCCUUUCAGCGUUUAAAUGUCGAGCGUAUAAUGGUUCAUCCGGAAUUCAAUAGUGAUCCCUCGAUAUACAAUAUUAACGAUAUAGCAUUGGUUAGAACAGAUAGAUCGAUUGUGUACAGUGAGACUGUAGCACCAGUCUGUCUGCCAGAUGCAUUGCCCUCAUUGGGGCCACUAAGGAGUGGCAUUAAGCUAACGGUGGCUGGAUGGGGUCAUAAUGGAACAGCAAAAUACACUGCUGCAAAACAAAAAGUCGAAGUCCCUUAUGUGGAAAAUAGCGUUUGUCCUCACAAGCUUGUGGAUUCGCAACUAUGUGCCGGCGGGGAAUAUCGCAAAGAUAGCUGUACUGGAGAUUCCGGAGGUGCCUUGACCCGCCUCUCGCCCCAUGGUUGGUGUGUUGAGGGCAUUGUCUCCUAUGGUCGAGGUUGUGGCCUGGAGACUCCGGCCAUUUAUACUCGCGUCAGAAGUUUUCUUAAUUGGAUUCACAGCAAUGUUGUUCCCUAGAUUGUAAGCUUCCAGAAAGCGAGAGAGAGAGAGAGAGAGGGGUUAAAUAUGUGUUAAAUGUUAGACAAUUGUCUGUGAUAUUGAUUAUAUUUCUUUUAUACUUAAUUUAAUUUUCAAAUUGCGUUAAACGGGGAAGACCCUUUUGUGACAUGAUAUUUGGGGUUUUACUAUAGCAUGAGUGUGAUAAUAGAUUCUGUCAAUAAUAAUAUAAUGCAUGUACUCAUAUGUAUUCUGAAACUGCUAUUCUUAUUAUGUAUGUUAAUUUAUUAAAGAAAAAAUUUUAAAAUAGA